AUGGACACCCCGCUGGUCGCGCUGAUCGUCGUCGCAGGGACCGCACUCACCGUCGCGGUGCCCUGCCUCCUCCUCGCCUUCCUCUGCCGCCGCCACAGCAGCAAGAGCCAGCUCAAGCCGCGCAGUCGCCAGCUCUGCUGCUCGGCCUCGGCGGCGUCAACGCUCCCCAUCCUCGCGCCCGCCGGUACGACGCCAGCAGACUGCCCGUCGUGGUCCUUCUAUGGCACGACCGCGGACGCCUCGCUGCUGAAGCUCUCUCUCGCCGACCUCGCCGCCGCCACGGGGGGCUUCUCCCCGGACAACAUCAUCGGCGACGGCAGCUUUGGGUUCGUCUACCGCGCCGUGCUCCCCGACGGUGCAGCGGUGGCCGUGAAGCGCCUCUCCGGCGACGGCGACGCAGGCGCCGGCAACCGCGAGUUCCGCGCCGAGCUGGAGGUGCUGGGCAGCCUGAGCCACCCGAACCUCACGCGCCUGCUGGGCUACUGCGCCGCCGGCCGCGACCGCAUCCUCGUCUACGAGCUCCUCGAGCGCGGCAGCCUCGACGCCUGGCUCCAUGGUGGCGACGCCGAGGACGGCGGCGGCACCGAGACGCUGCCCUGGCCUGCGCGGCUCCACGUCGCGCGCGGCGCUGCCGCCGCGCUCGAGUUCCUCCACCACGGCCGGCGCCCGCCCGUGCUGCACCGUGACGUCAAGUCCAGCAACGUCCUCCUCGGGGAAGGCUUCGAGGCCAAGCUCGCCGACUUCGGCCUCGCUAGGAUCGUCAGAGGAAGCCCUGCCAAAUCCCACGUCAGCACGCAAGCCGCCGGUACCGCCGGAUUCAUUGGGCAUGAUGUUUGUGGGAUACAAAACAGGUAUGUGGCACCAGAGAUAUGGGACGGAGUGGGGGCGACUGCGAAGGCCGAUGUGUACAGCUUCGGCGUGCUGCUGAUCGAGAUCGUCACUGGACACCGGCCAAGUUGGCCGAUGAAGGACAGCAUGGGCGACAAGGAGGUGAAUCUGGUGGAUUGGGCAAGGGAGAAGAUAGGUGUGGGACAGGCGUCGGAGAUCCUGGACCGUCGGAUGGGCAUCCAAGCGCAAGGGAAGGAGAUGGAGGAGGCCAAGGGGCUCUUGGAGAUUGCACUCAGGUGUAUCGAUAGUGCUACCAAGAACAGGCCCACCAUGGAGGAGGCUGUGGCCAUGCUCAACAAGAUUUGA